AUGGCAUUGAUCAAGAUUCAAUCUUUUUGUUUGCUCUUCACAAUCUUGAUUCUUUUCUCCCUUUUCCCUUCACCAUCAUCAUCGUUAUCUCACCAUCAUAGCCGCCGCCAAAAACAGCGCCGCCAUAGCCAAAGUUCACAGCAGCUUCCCACUAUUUUUCGUCCAUCUUUUUUCACAUCAACUGAAAGUGGCGGUGAAUGGGUUACUUUACAAGAAUCAAUCGGCGUCUCCGCCAUGCACAUGCAACUUCUCUACAACAACAAAGUCGUCAUCUUUGACAGAACCGACUUCGGCCCUUCUAAUCUCUCCCUUCCCGACGGCAAAUGCCGCUAUAACGACGAGGCCCUUGACGUUGACUGCACUGCUCAUUCUCUCCUUUACGACGUUUCAUCAAACACUUUUCGUCCUCUUAUGGUUCAAACUGACGUUUGGUGUUCAUCCGGCGCCGUUAAUUCUGACGGCACACUUAUUCAAACCGGUGGAUAUCAUGCCGGCGACCACAAAAUACGUUUAUUUUCACCGUGUGAUGAUGUUGACGACUGUGAUUGGACUGAAUUACCGCAGAAUUUAACUGUCCAAAGAUGGUAUGCUUCUGAUCAUAUAUUACCAGAUGGACGUGUGAUUAUUGUUGGUGGAAGAAGAGCUUUUAGCUACGAAUUUUUUCCCAAGAAUGUGAAUAAUAAUGAUGGUGUUUUUUAUUUACAAUUCUUGAAGGAAACUACUGACUUUAAAGAAGAAAACAAUCUUUAUCCAUUCUUGUACAUUUUACCCGACGGGAAUCUUUAUAUGUUUGCAAACCAAAGGUCUGUAGUAUUGGAUUAUGUGAAUAAUAGGAUUGUGAAGGAGUUUCCGGUGAUUCCCGGUGAAAAAAGGAGUUAUCCGGCAACUGGGUCGUCGGUAAUGCUGCCGUUACGUUUAAGUGCCGGCGACUCAGCUCAGAAUCCGGUGGUGGAGGUGAUGAUUUGCGGCGGCGCGUCGGGUGGCGCUUAUAUUAAAGCGCAGAAGGGUGUGUUCGUGCGGGCUUCGAGCACGUGUGGGCGGAUGAGGCUGACAGAUCCAGAUCCUAAAUGGGUCAUGGAGGCUAUGCCUAUGGGUCGGGUCAUGCCCGAUAUGCUGUUGUUACCCACUGGAGAUGUGAUCAUACUGAAUGGGGCAUCAAAAGGAACAGCCGGGUGGGAGAAUGCAUUUGACCCGGUACUGAACCCGGUUCUUUACAGCCCAAACGAACCCGACCCGAGUAAGAGAUUCAGUGUUCUCAACCCUAGUACAAUUCCAAGAAUGUACCACUCAUCAGUUACCUUAUUGCCAGAUGGCAGAAUAUUAGUAGGUGGAAGUAAUCCACACGUAAGGUACAACUUCACAGGCGUAAGGUACCCUACAGAGUUGAGCUUAGAAGCAUUUUCACCACCCUAUUUAGCCCCACAAAACUCUCAUCUACGCCCUUCAAUCCUAGCCGUUGAGGGACAAAUCAGUGGUUUCCUAUCGUAUGGUCAGCAAUUCUCCAUCACCUUCACGUUGGGGUUUUACCAGCCUGAGGAAGAGCUCAUGGUAAGCAUGAUUGCACCCUCAUUUACUACACACUCAUUCGGGAUGAAUCAGAGGUUACUGGUUUUGGACAUAUUGGAAAUUGAACAGCUCUCUAUGUUUGCGUAUAAAGUUACGGUGGUUGCACCUCCAUCGCGUAAUAUUGCACCUCCUGGAUAUUAUAUGAUUUUUGUUGUUCAUCAAAAUGUUCCUGGUCAAUGUGUUUGGGUAAGGAUACAGUGA